AUGGUGGAGGCAAUGGAUACCGACGCUCCGGCGCCGGCGCCGGCGGAGGAGGAGCCGGCUGCGCCGCCCGAUCCGGCGUCGCUCUACCGCGCCGACAUCCGGUCUGCGCAGGCGUCGGUCGAGCGCUUUGUGACGUCGCGGGAGCCGCGGUUUGCGCAGGCUGCGCUCAAGCUGAUGGCCUGCCUGCGCAAGGCGGGACUCGCGGCCGCGUCACCGACGCAGCCGGUGCUCGCCGCCGCCAUCGCCUCCGCCUUUGGACCGUCGCACCCGCUGCGCGAGCGGCUGCUCGCAGCGCUGCCACCGCCAGCGGCGGAGCCCGAGGCGGCGGACGCGGCCGGCGCGGAGGGCAAGGAGGGAGGCGAGGCGAAGAAGCGGCCGCUGCUGCCGGAGAUGGAGCUGAUCCUCGAGCUCCUCGUCCUCCUCGCGCUGAUUGACGGCGGCAAGCUUCCAGGAGCGCCUCCGCUCUCGCCUCCUCUCUCGCCGCCUCUCUCGCCGCCUCCCUCUGCCUCGCCUCUCUCUCGCCUCCCCUCGCCGCCCCGCACCCUCGACCCCUUCGCCGAGCGCGCCUACUUCUACUCCUCCUGGGCCUACGAGAAGGCAGGCAAGAUCGAGGCCGUCCGCUCCCGCCUGCUCGCGGCACAGGCUGUCCGCACCGGCGACCUCGCCGCCUUCCGCGACGCGAUGGCGGAGCACGCCGCAGUGUUCGCCGCGGACGGCAACGCCGCGCUCGUGCUGCGGCUGCGGCAGAACGUGAUCCGCGCCGGACUCCGCAACGUGUCGCUGGCCUACAGCCGCAUCCACCUCUCGGACGCCGCGGCGAAGCUCGCCCUCGACACGCCGGGCGACAUGGAGUCGAUCGCUGCGAAGGCGAUCCGCGACGGCGUGAUCGACGCCACCAUCGACCACGAGGCGGGCGUGCUCAUCUCGUCGGGCAGCGCCGACACGUACUCGACCCUCGAGCCGCAGGCGCUUCAGAUCAGACUCUCAUUCACGCUUCCUCUUUCCACCGACAUGCAGCGGGGCUUUCUUUCAGCGAUGUCGUACCCGCCCGACGCGCACAAGGGCGACCUGCCCGACGCGGACGCCAUCAAGGAGCGGCAGCGCGAGGAGCAGGAGCUCGCCGAGGCGCUCGCCGAGGAGGACGAGUUCUGAGGUUGAGCUCUGGUGCCUCGCCCUGUGACACGCCCGCUCGUAAGCCGGCUGCCCCUCUCGGACGGGGGAGGCCCGUCCCCCGCCACCGGCUCGACGCCAGAGGGGGGCGAGGAGAGGUUGGACAGCGGGGUGGGCUGGGCCUCGUCCGACGCUGGGCCGGAUGGCCGAAGUGGCGGCGCGAGCAGACGGUGCGGCGAGCCCGCGGGCCUCGCUGCGCAGCGCGGGAUUGAGUCGCUUGGGGCCACACGCUCCGGGCGCCCGAUAGGCAGCUGGGGUGCGGGAAGAAGCGUAUAUGCAGUCUUGCUCACUUUUUACAUCAGCACACAGCAGAAGGGACAC